AUGCCUUGUUAUGCAAACACAAUUGUCAGGGUAAAAUUUGUAAAACAGUAUGAAAAAGAAAAAGAGAGUUUCAACUUUUUGGUAGUUUGGACUCUCGGUACUUAUCCUGUGGAACGUAAUGAUUGUGAGAUGGAAAUGACUUUGUUUGUACCUGUAAAUAUUGAAGAAAGAGAUAAUGAAACUCAAGCAAUUUUCAAAAAAGAUAGUUUUUACUUUGUUGGUGAAAAAAUUAUUCCGGGAUUUUACAAUAGAAACAAAAGAGCUAAAGUACUU